AUGGAUCGGCUUUUAAUUAUAGCCACUGCUAUAUCGGUGCAUGCGGUUUUGGCGGCCAACAAAGGAUUUGAUGGUCGCGUCUGCAUGACCGUCGAACUUUUGAAAUCGUCCGAAAACGCGACCCGAUAUUAUGAAUGCGCCCCAUUGAGCCCAGAAGAGGUGACCGGCUAUCAAUUGAACGACAAAUAUUUGGGCGUGUGGAAUUCACGGGAUUGCCCGGCCCAACAUGAAUUUGACGAGGUCAAGCAGCGAUGCGAAAAGAAAACGACUAUGCGUCGACAGAUGGCAACUUGCCAGCAAAAUCCUACGAGCACCGGCUGUGCAUCACCCUGUGAUGCCACCAAUUCGAAUCCGACGGUUGGCGGUGGUUGCUCUUGGCUGACGGCCAAUCUUCAGCCGGACCCGCAGAGCAAUGCGUAUUUCCUUCAAUGCUCUCCAAACACUGCAGGCCAAUCUUGUGGUGAAUGGGUUCGCGUCCCAUGCUCUACGGGCACUGUCUAUGACAACUCGAAUUCCGUCUGCGUUCCAUUGACAAUUAAUCAGCCAUCCGCUUGUGGAAAUGAAGCUCGUCCAGUUUGCUCCUGCGCUUCCGCCACCUCAUCUCCAUGCCCUGGAACCUCCUCCUGCCGACAGAAUACCUGCUGCCAAUCCAUCGACAACUCCCUGGCCGCCCUCCAACCUCAAAAUUACCCGGUCCCUGUCCCGAUGUGCCCCGGAUCCAACGUACCUCCGCUUGGCGAAUGCAAUGAGCCUUGCCCGCAAUACUCCGCCUGCACCCCUGGAAUUGGCUGCUGCCCCGUUCCGGUCCUCAACAACAAUAAUAACAGACCGGCAAAUAUUCAAGUCAAACUUUGCCCCGGAUCAUUCUCACCUCCUGUCGGAACCUGUGGUGCUUGUCCUCAGGGAUCCGCUUGCAAUCCUACACUAAACGCUUGUUGCCCAUCAGCGCGUCAACCCUCCACCGAUGUGAUGUACCAAGUGUUGAUCUUAUGUCCUAGUGGUGAUCAGCCCUCUUCACAAUGCGGCAACGGAUACGCUUGCCCGACCGGAAGCUCGUGCUAUCAAGGAUCUUGCUGCCCGAUGCAGUGCCCGAAUUCGCAGACUGCGGUAGGCUUCUGCUCAAAUGGCGGUUGCGGAUCGGGAACUUGCAAUUCGGUCUCCGGCACCUGCUGUCAGGAAUCCAUUAGUCUGCCAGUUUGCGCUAAUGGACAACAAUCAAACAGACGAUGUUCCUCCGAUUUGGAAUGCGGGUCGAAUAUGGAAUGUUCGAAUGGAGGGUGUUGCCCAAGGCCGUUCUGUCCGAGUGGCGUACAGGCCGGUUCGCGUUGUUCCGGAAAUGGCCAAUGUCAAGGCGGACAAGCCUGCAUGGAAGGGCUCUGCUGCCCACUUCCACGUUGUCCUGGAGGCAUCAUUGCCCUCGCCACCUGCACCCGCGCAUUUGACUGCGGUCGCCCUGGAGUCGAGUGCGUAAACGGAGGCUGCUGCCCUCUUCCGCAAUGUUCCGCUGGCGUGUUCGCGGUUAGCCGAUGCGGUAGCGGCAAGUCCUGCGGUAGCGGAUUUUCUUGCAACAAAGGUGGAUGCUGCCCCCUGCCUCAAUGCCCGACCGGAGGCGUGGCGCUUUCAAGCUGUACUGGCGGAUGCGCAACCGGGUUCGAGUGCUCAAACGGUGGCUGCUGCCCCCUGCCAAUCUGCCCAAAUGGUGUCCCGGCCACUCAACGUUGCAAUGGAAUGUCUUGCGGCCCAGGGCGCCAAUGCGAGAACGGUGUUUGCUGCUCGAUCCCAAUGUGCUCCUCUGGAUCAGCCGCCGUAUCGAUGUGCGGCGGAGGGAACAUGUGUCCGAUGGGAUACGUUUGCGAGGGACGUGGUUGUUGUCAAGAACCGCUUCCGCUUUGUCCUAAUGGCGGUCGUGCGGCUUCACGGUGCAAUCGUGGUUCGGACUGUCCUCCAGGCUAUGGAUGUAGCGCUAUGGGAGGGUGUUGUUUGCUUUCAAUGGAACCGGCCUGCCCGCAGUCUAUGAAUGCUGUCUGCCAAUGUUCGGCAAACCAAGCCUGUCCCAAUGGUGCCAGCUGCAAUAUGGGUACCUGUUGUGCAUCUACCUCCGUGAUGAAAUUUGCUCAAGUACCCGGAACCUCGUGCUCUGCCAACACUCAAUGCAACGGGUUCAUGUCGCAGGGUUCGCAAUGCGUGCAAAAUGUUUGCGUAUGCAUUAAUGGCGCACAAAGCAACGGAGCGACAUGCCAACAAAUGCAACCCACCGUCAUCACCCUUGCGAGAAAUGGUUGCGACAACUAUGGUUCACCCUGCCGUUUUCUACUUUCAUCGGCUAGAAGAAAGCCAAUCUUCGCUCCUCUCACCUCCAUUAAUGAAACGUCCAAACCACUGUUUUUCAACGUGGCCGCCCCCCGGAAAUGCAUCCGCAGCGUCGAUUCAGAUGGCGAUUCGACCUGUCUGCCCAACGAGAAAUGCAUCGAUGGAAAGUGCAAAGCAAAACUUUGGCCCGGUGAAUAUGGCUGCGAGGUAGAUUUGGAGUGUUCAUCUCGAUGCCCGAGUACGUAUUGUGAGGAGCGGAAGAGCGACAAGGAGGCCGCCCAGUGUCAAUGCAAGGAUGGAUUGUUGUUGUAUGGACGAUGCUUCGCUGAAUGCCCCCGCGGUUUCCAUGAGAGCGGGGCCUACUGCGUCCACGAUAGCGAAGAAGAAUUCUGGAAGGACUCUGAUGCCCAGGAUAAUCUUAAAGCUCUCCUUAAUGCCGAAUCGGGUCCGGUUGCACGGCGGGCUUAUGCGAUGAUGGAAUGCUGCCUAAGGUCAGCAGACAAACAGAUUUCGGCCUUUGUUGCCGCACUCCUCUCUUUCAUCGCACAGGUCCUUAGCGCACUUAUAAUACAGGAUACGAGCUAUUUUUUCGGCAUAAUCACAUUUUCCCUCUGCUGCCAUGCCCUCCUUUUCCAUGGCAUCAAAAAGCGAAAGAUGAGUUUUAUGGUGCCGUAUCUUGUAUGCCAGAUUGUAUGUGCCGCUUACGUUCUCGGGGAGACGUUUAAUUAUAGCCGUGGUCUGAGUAACGAAUCGUCUGUUGCUGGUUGUUUCUAUCCCGACGUCAAAAACUUGGAGCGAAACAAAGAUAAAGGGGAUUCGGAUUGUAGUUCCUAUUAUUGGACUGAUCUGGAUACAUUUGAAGAUUAUCAAUCGGAUAAUAUCCAAUCACCGUUUAAUAUUACCUGCAAUGAAUGUCGAGAUGAAUUCCGUCACUAUGCGAUCCUGGUAAUCGUCAGCCAAGCCGCCGUGCUUGUGUCGUUUAUUCUGACGUGGAAUGUUGUGCUGAGAUUCGUACUACAUCUGCGUUCGGAGAAAAUGCGCGAACGAACCCACCCAGCACCCCGAGUCUCCUAUUUCAACACCGGGAUGACUAGUGCUGAUGUAAUUCCGGAACAUCCUCCGCGACCUCAGAAUGCACCUCCAAUCUACACAGAAAAGGCUUUAGCGCUAGAUCCCACCAAUCUCUCCGAAGAUGGGCGCCACCAGAGAACGGAUAGCCUCCCGGCUUAUGAGGCAGCUACCACCCCAGCCACAGCCCCAAAUGAUACUCCCAUCAUGCACGCCGAUACCCCAACCACCCCCGAACAUCCCACCAACAAUCAACCGACCCGCCCGGUGACCAUCGACGAUCUGCUU